GCUAUUUACACAAAGCAGGUUUCUUCCUGACUUUUUGAUCCGCUUAAAAGACUUCUGGUUGCGAAAGGAGCCAACUGGAAAAGGACUCAACGUCCGUCAAACGAAAAUUCAAUAUAUUCCUGUUACCGAGAGAAGGCGUCUCCAGGGAUCAAUUUUUGAAAUUCACAUCUGGAGCCAAGAAGAGGGCGAGUGUCUUGCAGCUGAGAUGUACCUGUUACUGUGAAUAAAACAAUAACUGCUUCACAGAAACAUCUUCAAAGCGAAUUGAUAAUGGCGGACACCGAAGAACCUCAACCAGAUCCCGUCGAGGGGGAAAACGAGAAGAAUUCCAAGAAAAAAUCCAGUUUUCCCAAAAGAUAUGUGGUGGCUAUCAUGAUUUUUCUUGGUAUCUGUGUACAGUACGCUCUCCGAGUUAACCUCAGCGUAGCAAUAGGAGCCAUGUGUAACAACCACACCAUUGAGCAGAAUGGAUUCACCAUCCAGAAGAAAGCUGAAUUCGAUUGGAGUUCGAAGCUACAAGGUACAAUACUCGGGGCGUUUUACUAUGGCUACACUGCUAUGCAGAUCCCUGGCGGUUGGUUGGGUCAGAGGUUUGGAGGAACCCGCGUGUUUGGGAUUUGUCUCGGGAUCGCCUCGAUACUCACCAUGCUCACACCAAUAGCGGCGCGCACCAGUGUCGCAGCUCUAAUUACUCUCAGGGUAAUAGAGGGGUUGGCUUUGGGUGCUCUUUUCCCGUGUAACCACGCCAUUUGGAGCAAAUGGGCACCACCCUCUGAAAGAACUCGACUUUUUACCAUAACCGUUGCAGGUUGUCCAGUGGGUACUAUUCUAUCCAUGCCCCUAAGUGGCAUUAUGUCCAAAUAUGGAUUUGAUGGAGGAUGGGCCUCCGUAUUCUACUGUUUCGGAGCGAUUGGUCUUCUUUGGUUCUUUAUAUGGCAACUAGCGAUCCAUGGCUCUCCAUCAGAGCAUCCCACUAUCACUCCUGAAGAAAAAGUCCUUAUAGAGGAGAGUAUAGCAAAGCUACCUCAGGCCAAAAAAGGCCAGGUCCCAUGGAAAUCGAUUUUAACGUCACUUCCCGUGUGGGCCAUCAUCACAGCCAACUUCACUGCAGACUGGGGCAUGUAUACCAUCUUGAUCUGUCUCCCCAAAUAUUUCAUUGAAGUUUUGCACUUCGACCUUGCUAAGACUGGGUUUCUGGCGGCGUUGCCAUAUGUUGUGAAAGCUUUCGUUGGACCUGCCGGAGGUGUUCUGGUAGAUUGGCUCAUUAAAAACAAGAUGUCCGUUAAAAACACGAGAAGAUGCGUUUUUACUUUUGGGUGUACCACGGCUUCGAUCUUCAUCUUGAUAACAGGAUAUGCUGAGACUCCGGCUCUGGCCGUUGCCUUUCUUACCAUCGGUGUGGGUAUCACGGGUCUGAAUGCUUCAGGUUAUGCCGUCAACAUCCUUGAUAUUGCGCCUCAGUACGCAGGUGUCAUAAUGGGCGUGACUAAUGUGUUCGGUGCGUCACCGGGCUUCAUCAGCCCGCAGAUUGUUGGGAUAGUAACUCCUAACAAGACCGCUGGCGAGUGGCGCAUUGUGUUUUGGAUCACAGCGAUCGUGUACAUCAUCGGUAUUGUGAUCUUUGGUCUGCUGGUGUCAGGUGAUCUGCAACCCUGGGCCCAACAUGAAGACAAGAAAGACGACGAAGACGGAAAAAAGGAAGAAGAUGAAGAGAAAACAGCUGAAAAACAGGAAAAACAAGAUGAAGAGAAGAAAGAGGAUGAAAAACCACAGGAAAGUCAAGUUGAGGCGAAACAAGAAGAACCAACUGAAGAAAAACCUGCAGAGUAAACGUAACAGUCGGAUAACACUAAAAUUUUGUUUAGCUGAAAGACCUACAUAGAUAUUAAAUUAAACCUUGUUACUCUUGAUGACAAACAACGCGAUGACAAGAUACCUACAAACCGAGGAAGUUGUAUCAUUAAGAAACUGUCUGAGGGUAUGGUCUGUGAUACUUAACCGGGACUGUUAGCUAUUCUAUGUUGUGUCCUGAACAUUCUAAUACAACAAUGUCGUUGUAUAAAUGGUUCUGAUAUUA